AUGCCGAAAGAAAUCCGCGACAUCAAGCAGUUCAUCAAAAUCACCCAGAGGAAGGAUGCCUCUCAGGCGCGUAUAAAGAAAAUCGCAUCCAAGGUCCCCAACGGCAAGACGCAGACCAAGUUCAAGGUCCGCUGCUCGCGGUACCUCUACACCCUCUCCAUCGACGACCCAGAAAAGGCCGAGAAGCUUAAGCAGAGCCUGCCCCCUGGUCUCACCGUCAUCGAGGUCGACAAGCCCAAGAAAAAGUAA